AUGGACGCCGCCACAAUCUAUCAGGCUGUCAACACCAAGUAUUCCGAGUUCGCCUCUCAUGCGAACGAGGGUGAAGCCCAGGCAUCCCAACGCACUCGCAUCGCAGCGUCCUUUGGCUAUUCGCCCGAGGAUCUGGCAUCUCUCCCCACCGGAACGAACCUUGGCCUUUCAUGCGGAAACCCAUUGGCGACAGCGAACCUUCAGCCUGCGGAGAAUAUGGUAGACCUCGGAUCCGGAGGUGGUCUUGACUGCCUUAUCGCGGCGAAGCAGAUGUUGACAGGGAGCCCCUCCCCGAGCGGCAAGAUAUACGGUAUCGACAGGAGUGAGGCGAUGGUUACGUUGGCGAGGAAGAACGCCGCGGAAGCGAACCUGCCGGAAGGCCUUGUCGAAUUCAUCCAAGCACCAAUUACGGACAUUCCCCUGCGAGAUUCCACAAUCGAUCUGGUAGUCAGUAACUGUGUCAUCAACCUAGUUCACGACGAGGACAAGCCUACUGUCUUCAAAGAAAUCCACCGACUCUUGCAGCCGGGCGGGCGAGUCGCGAUCAGUGAUCUUCUCGCCAAGAAGCCCAUGCCACACCAUGUACGCCACGACGCAGCGCUGCUAGUAGGCUGCGUGGCGGGUGCCAGCUUGGUCGACGAAUAUCGGCGUUGGAUGGAGGAAGCCGGGUUCCGAAAGGAGAGUAUUGCCUUCAUCAACACUGAGAAAGACUUGAACGUGUAUCACGAUGCGGACGGCACCGCACCUUGUUGUAUGGAAGAGACGGAGUCGAAGAGCUGUUGUGAUAAAAGCUCAGAGAGCGCCUGUUGCGUCGAGAAGAAUGGCAUCGAGGCAUGCUGCACGACAAAUGUCGAGGCCGGCAAGAAGGUGGAUUUCAACGAAUGGGUGGCUUCAUAUCAGAUCUACGCCAUCAAAUGA